AUGCUAAUCAACCGCUUGAGUAAAAUUCGACCUGUAAAGCAUUUUUCUACUAUUAAACCCAUUUUAUCCAAGGAAGUUUCACGACGAGUGAUUGUUGCACCUGCAUCACACUUCAAGACCUCCAAUCCAAAUGCGAAAAGUAACAUCCCCAUCCAUGAAUACAAGCAACUGCCGGAGGAUUCUAACUACAUUGAAAAGCAUUAUAAGGAAUUACAAAUAUUUUUAAAUGAGUUUUUAAUCAAGAAAUUAAAUAAGACUUAUGCAGACUUCGAAGGAGAUCCAGAUGAGCUGGUGUUUCAGUUAGAAAAAUUUAUUGAACUAGAGGUUACUCCGAAAUACACAGACCAUUCUGCACCUGACGGUUGUGAGGGGAGGUUCAAAUCCAUCGGAGAUAGGAUAGUCGUUGAUCGCUAUUUAGAUUUUGUAAAAGAUGUCAGACUAACACUGCUCCUAAAUGGAGGACAUUCCUUCAUAUUUGAUGUCAUGCUACAAGCCAAAGAAGUCUUUGACAAAAUGCAAAAAGAAUAG